UCGGCGGUGUAGCUGCGAUAACGGAAACAGCGGUUGGCGGUACGGUCUGGUAUAUUUCGCAGAAUCGCAAAAUUUGCAACGACAGUUCAGUCGCUGGCGAACCGCUAAAGCGAGCUUGCAGUGCCGAUCAGUUUAGUUUUUGCGGGUGUGUCUCUUUUAUGGCUGAGGUCUCUCGCGUCUCGGGCAAAACAUCAAGUAAAAGAUCAACGAGAACAAAGACUGGUGUUAUAGAUCCAUAAGUAAACGAUAUGGAGGGCAGAAAUUCGAAUAACCGAUACAAGAACAAAGCCAAACCCAAACCUUAUUGCAACAACAACAAUCCACAAGGUCGACAUGCAAAAUCCACGGGCAAUGAACGUGGACAUCAAAGUAGGACGCUUGAUCCCAGAAGAGCACCGAACCCUGGAUUCAAUAAACCGAUAGCGCAAAACCGCUGGAACAAACGUGACAAUGACCGUUGCGCCGAGAGGAUGACUUUUAACUUUAAAUCCUUGAAAGAAUUGAGUUUAAUGAACAGUGAGGACGCAAUGGUGAAAGUUACGAAAAACCAGGAAGAAUUCGCGAAUUUCUUGAACAAAAAAAUGAGGCCGGAUUUUUUAGUGGUGACGUUGAAAGUUUUCAAAAACAUUUGUCGGGCUAACUUCACGGAGACCCUCACGAAGCUCAUCAACCAAGCCUGCUCCUCAAACUUUUUGCACAACUUGGAAAAUUAUCUGACAAAAUUACCGUUUGAAAGUACCGAGGAAAAAUUGCUCAACAAGUUGUAUUACGAAGACGUCAAUGGGUUUUGGCGCGAUCUUGUCGAGUUUUUUCAAAAAAUCAUCGAACUCAUGUUUCGCACGGCGUGCAACAAGUUGACAACAGUAUUAAAAAAAAUGGAAGGAAUCAUACAGAGCAUUGAAUUGACCCAAAAGUAUGGACUGGACGAUGGGAUAAAAAAAGACGUAUCGAGUAUGAUAAAGGAUUUGGAGGGGGAAAUAAAAAAAAUCGAAAAGAGAGACGUGGUUGGAGCAGAUUCCGACGAAAACAGCAAAGAGCUCGCUCCACCAGACAAUUUCCGGGAGAUCAACGUGUUCCCGACGACCGAAGAUCUGCUCGACGACAAAGUAUUUUUGAGGUCGUGCAAAAUAAAAGACCCUUAUGAUUCCGUUGACCAUUACUUGGAUGUACAAUUUAGGCUGCUGAGGGAAGAUUUCGUGAGGCCCUUGCGCAACGGAAUCAAAGAGCUGGAUGGUACCCAAAAUUACCGAAACAAUGACUUUCGCAUUUACAGGAAUGUUAGGCUGAUGACCUCCAAUGUUAAAGAAUUCAGCGCUGGCAUUCAACUCAACUUUGGAAAAUUGAAUUUCGUCGACUGGCGCAUCUCCAAGCGCCUCAUGUACGGAGCGCUUCUACUCUUGAGCAACGACAACUUCAAAAACGUGGUAUUUGCAACCGUGUCCAACAGAGACAUAGAGGACCUCAUGAAUGGAUUUGUGUCCAUAGAGCCGUGCGUGGAAACGGUCAUCAACCCCACGAUGUACAAUUGCAAUUUGGUCUUGUUGGAAUCGAAAAUUUUCUUUGAACCGUACUUCGUUGUACUGUCUGCUAUGCAAAAGAUUAAUGAAACGAACUUUCCCAUGGAAAGGUAUUUAAUCCAAGCUAAGACUUCAGUGAAGCUACCGCGGUAUCUAGAGGACGUAAAUUACUUGACGUUUGAGGACAAAUUCAUGUUGCCAUUACACGGUGGCGGCGAUUGGCCACCCGCUGCAGAAUUAACAUUGGACGAAUCGCAGUACGGUGCAUUUAAAAGCGCGUUGACUCAGGAGUUCGCUGUGAUUCAAGGUCCCCCGGGUACUGGGAAAACCUUCAUAGCGUUGAAAAUUGUUCGGGCUCUGCUGGAGAACAGCACAAAGUGGAAAAAACACGGCCCCAUCGUCGUCGUGUGCCUGACGAAUCACGCCCUGGAUCAGUUUCUGGAGGGCAUUUUGCGCUACACAAAAUCGAUAGUACGUGUGGGGAGUCGGUCGAAGAGCCAAAAGUUGAAGCCUUACGCCCUCGGGGAGAUCAGGAAGAGCUUCAAUCACAGAAACAGCGCGGGUUACUUGGUGCACGACAUGAAACGCCAGAUUGAAGAAGUUUUCAGGGCCGUCGACAAAUUGAGACUGUUCAUCAAGUAUUUGACCACACCGAACAUCAUCGUGCCUCUGCAGGCUUUUCAGAAUUGCCGAGAUGAAACGCCUCUGAAGGAGUUCAAAACGAGCGAAGAGCUGAUGUUCUGGCUUGUCGGGAUGGAAGUGACUCCGUUAAUCGGACUCGAGACUCCCAGCGAUGCACCCAACAAUGUGUCCGAAGAGGCAAAAAAAGAGGAGACGGCAGAAACGGAAACGGCUAAGUACAUUUUCGAAGAAUUGGACAACUUACGCACAGACGUUGACAUAACGUUCGAGUAUGAAAAAUUGAAAGUCGUCGAUUCUUGGGGUCAAAUUUAUCCGUUGGAUAUGUUUGAUAGACGAAUAAAGGAAACGCAGUGCCAGAUUAGUCAGUUGAAAAACAAUCCUGCGUCGUUGCAUUUGCCAUUUAGUCCGAUCAAUGCUUGGACGGAUCAUUUGGAGGACACUUGUCAGCAGCGUGAAAAUAUACGACUUGAGUUAAGCAAACACCCGCUAAUAAACAAGACCAGCGCGCCUACUGCCAAUCCACGCUGGCAAAAAUACUGGUCUUGGAUAACGACUAGUUACGAUUGGGUGUGCAAUAAAAUCACCCAGUUGGAAGAAAAAUAUCGAUCUUUGAAUUCACAACUGAGCGAAAUGAGACACAUAGCCGAUUUGGGAGUGAUGAAAGAACGCGAAGUGGUUGGGCUAACAACCACCUGUGCUGCCAAGAUUCAGUCUUCGUUACGAGCUCUUAGAGCACCUAUAGUAUUGGUUGAAGAGGCAGCCGAAAUUCUGGAAUCGCACGUUGUUUGCGCAAUGACCAAGUCUUGCCAACACGUAAUAUUGAUCGGCGAUCACAAACAAUUGCGCCCCAAGGCUUCAGUCUACGAACUAGGGACAAAAUAUAAUUUAAACGUGUCGUUAUUCGAGCGAAUGGUCAACGUGAGAGGAGAUUGUAUCCAGUUGGCGUACCAGCACCGCAUGCGGCCGCAAAUUGCCAAAUUGGUAUCUCCAAUUUAUGAAAUCCUGCACAACGACAAGUCUGUAUUUUGCUAUCCGAAUGUCAAAGGAUUGGAUAAAAAUCUUUUCUUCCUAAAUCACACGUCACGCGAGGAAAGCUGUAAAAUAGACGAGAGUUACGUGAAUAAACACGAGGUCAGAUUUUUUGCUGCAUUUGCAAGGCAUCUGUUGAUGCAGGGCUACGGUCCAGAUGACAUUACCAUCCUCUGCACUUAUACGGGGCAACUAAUCGCUUUCAUGAAUGAAGUGCAUCGGCACUCUCUCCUUCGACAAGUACGUGUCACAACUGUAGACAAUUACCAAGGGGAGGAGAAUAAAAUUAUUCUUCUGUCGCUGGUCCGUAAUAAUGGCGAAUCAAAAGUCGGAUUUUUGAAAGAAGAGAACCGAGUGUGCGUCGCUUUGUCGCGCGCUCGGGAGGGCUUGUACAUCAUGGGCAAUAUGAGCGAUCUCAUCAGUAAAAAUAACAUUUGGCCCAAGGUGCACAAAGUAUUGGAAGAUGAAAAUGCAAUUGGCGACUAUUUGAAGUUGAGAUGUCAAAUUCACAAAGAUCAAUUUUUCGAGGUAAAAAAUGAGGAUGAUUUCAAACAAUGUCCCGAAGGGGGGUGUUUGAAAAAGUGCGACCUUUUAUUACCCUGUGGGCAUUUUUGCCUGAGCGUUUGUCACAUUUUGGAUCGGGAGCAUAAGAAUUAUCAGUGCAAGCAAAAUUGUAACGGAGUCUGUCCAAAUAAUCACCCUUGCGAAUUAAAGUGUUGGCAGGGCUGUAAACCAUGUUUGGUUUUCGUAGAAUGUACACUAAAGUGCGGACACACCAUAAAAAUACCAUGUUCUUCGGAUCCGAAUACAUUUCCAUGUCCAGUUAAGGUGGAUGCGACUUUACCGGAAUGCAAUCAUGCGAUCACAAAACCUUGUUAUCUGUCGAUUGAAGAAUGUAAGUGUAGUUACAAAUGUGAAACUCGUUUGGAUUGUGGACAUUCGUGUUUAAAAUACUGCCAUGUGAAGUUCGAUCCAGAUCAUCUGAAGUAUACGUGUAAUAAAAAUUGUACAAGAAAAAAUGUUAACUGUACUGGAAAUCAUAUUUGUAAAAAAAGAUGUUACGAGGAAUGCGAGCCUUGCUCUCUACCUGUUGACAAAAAACGUUCAUGCAGACAUUACUAUAAAAACGUUGCUUGUUCUUUGAACAUAGAAGACGCUUACUGUGAACGACGUUGUGACAAAAUAAUGAUUUGUGGUCAUAAAUGUAAAUUGAAGUGCUCAGAUGAAUGUAAUAAUUGUCAACAAAUGGUGACAAAGAAAAGUCCAUGUGGUCACAACAUAUGUGUUAAGUGUUGCGAAGAAGCUACACCUUCCAAAUGCAACUUUGAUUGUUUAAAAACGUUACCGUGCGGCCAUCCAUGCACUAAAAAGUGUAGAGAGUCCUGUACAAUGGACUGCAAGGAAAUGGUGAAACUGAACAAGCCAGGACUUUGUGGCCAUAUUUUUUCAGUACCUUGCUAUUUAAAAAAUUCCGAUCCAAAAUCUCAUGGAUUGUUAAGAUACUGUAAAGAACCUUGUAAUUUUACGUUGGCUUGCACUCACACGUGCAAGGGGGACUGUGGAAGCUGUUUUCAAGGUCGUAUGCAUGUUGCUUGCAGCGAGCCUUGUCGCACCGUAUUCAUUUGUGGACACUCGUGUAAAGUAGCUUGCAACCUCGAGUGCCAGCCUUGCACGCAAAAGUGUGAAUUGAAGUGCAGUCAUAAUAAAUGUGGUAGAAAGUGCGGCGUCCCAUGCGUUCCUUGUAAAGAACCAUGUGAGCGAAAGUGCUUCCACCAACAAUGUGAAAAAUUAUGUUAUGAAAUAUGCGAUAUAACACCUUGUGAUAAGCCAUGCCGAAAAAGAUUAAAGUGCCAUCAUGCGUGCGUUGGAUUUUGUGGGGAGCCCUGUCCUCCGCUAUGCCGAAUUUGUCAUGAAGAUGAGUUAACAGAAAUCUUUUUUGGUCAUGAGGAUGAUCCGGAUGCGAGAUUCGUAUUGCUUAACGACUGUGGACAUUGUUUCGAAAACGAAGGCUUAAUGCAGUGGAUCCAACCAACUACCGAUACUAACGAGGCCAUUGAAGUGAAAACGCCGGCAUGUCCCAAAUGCAAGACCCCCAUAAGGAGUUGCAACAGAAUAAUGAACCGAAUCAAGGAGGACUUGAAAAAUGUUAUGGCUGUAAAAGAUAAGUUGUUUUUCAGUAACAAGAAAGAUGACAUCGCACGUAAACGCAAGAAGAAUGUAGAGGCAUUAAGGAACAUGGAAAAUUUUCCAAUUAUAAAAGAUUUCCGAGACAUAAAAAAUUAUAUUUUCAAACUUAAAGAAGUUAAUAAUUUAGAUGUUAUUGUUUCUAUUUUAGAAGAAAUAAUAACUGUGUUGAAAAAAAAAAAGAACCUAUCCAUUCCUGUUGAAAGCAUAAAACUUCAAGUUACCACGUUGAUACAAUGGCUUCCUGGUAAAUUGAAAAUUUCAAAUCAAAGACUCGAUGACGUUCAAUUGGAACUGAGACGGCUCCAUUUAAUGGUUUACAUUUACAAUCUGUUCUCGGACGAUUUAUGGAAAUUAUCAGAAUGUAAGAAGGACUAUGACCUUUUGAUGGAAAAAUUGACAAAUGUUGGAAAAUUUACUUUAACUGUGGAAGCAGACAUCAUAAACAGUUCAAAAAUAUUGAAUGAGCGGAAAACCGUAUUGAUCGAGCGGGCUAUGAUAGUAAAAGCUAUGGGUCUCGCCAAAGGUCACUGGUACAAGUGUCCAAAUAACCAUGUCUAUGCCAUUGGCCAAUGCGGAGGUGCCAUGGAGCGUUCCAAAUGCAUCGAGUGUAAAGCUGUCAUUGGAGGAGAAAACCACCGGCUCGUGCAAGGCAAUGCACUCGCGACGGAAAUUGAUGGAGCUUUAAGACCUGCUUGGCCAACGGCAUUACGCUAUUGAUUGAAAUAAUAUACAUACAUUUUAAACGUAAAGCAUGCAUAAAUAUAUUAUUAUUUUAUAAUAUUAUGUAACUACAUGUAUCAAGUUCUACUUCUUAAACAUAAAAAAAAGUUUAUAUAAUACGCUCAUACUUUCUAAAAAUCAUUAAAAAAUA